GACACAAAGUCCAUGCUUGUUGCACUACGCAGUGCUGCAUCGGCACACAAGCAUGGUUGAGCUGCUGCUGAAGAACGAUGCAUAUGUGAACCUGAGGGAUGAGGGUGGAGACAGUCCUUUGCUGGUAGCUGUUGGCUGUGGCCACCUAGAGACCAUCAGGAUACUGCUGCUGUACGGAGCAAUCCCUAACUUGCCGAACAGCCUGACUAAUAUUACUCCUCUUCAUAAAGCCAUAGACCUAAGUCAUGUUCGUGGUCGAUUCGAUGAAAUAUUGAAGCUACUAUGCUCGUACAAUGUGGACUUAGAUUUUCCAGGAGGUGGCGUGGUGAGCACACCUCUGGUUCACGCUCUGCUGUCACACAACCUAACCUGCGCUGUGUCUCUGAUAAGAGCCGGAGCUGAUGUCAACAAGUCAGGGGACACCCGCUGCAUGUGGCCUGCUCACCGCAGGUUCACACUGGACUACCUCAAUGAAUCUGAUUUAGAUGUUGCACAACUAAUAGUAGCGGCUGGGUUUAAACUGGAAAACUAUCCACUAGAAUAUCCCAAGGACUUUUCAAAUGUUCCGAUGGACAGUUUCAAAGGAUGGCUGACUCAUAUGAAGUUCAGCCCCAGAAGACUUGACGACCUGUGUAGGCUCAACAUCCGCAGAGAAUUGGGAAACAAAGCUCUCAUUGAGAUUCCCCAGAUGGAGAUACCGCACAUGCUGAAGAGGUUUUUGUUGUUUGAAGACAUUUACAUAAAAAAGAGAAAUAGAGGUUUAAGCGAGCCCAGAGAAGUGUCCUCCUUCCCCUUCAUUAUCUAAAUGUAUUAGAGUAAAUACUAGUAGUGCUGGGGACUAAAAUUUUGUUCGGUACCGGACAUUUUUUCCUCAGAAUUUCCAGAAAAUAUUUGGAAAUAUAAUUUUUUAGUGUGUGAAAUUGGGUGAGACUGUACAACACCAGAAUAAGAUUAAUAAGUUAUUUAUUUACCGGGCAUCUAUAUUUAAUAGGCAAACACGAAUAUUGUGAUAAUUGUUUUGAAGCUAUGCAUCCAAUCACCAAGUUUAAGGUGUCGUUGAAUAGAUCGUGGCACGUAGAUUUGCCAUCAAACAAAACAUUUUGAAAUUCCAUCAGGGCUCUGCCCCACUGGCCUUCAAAGUGAUUAUAUCGAAUAGGUAAUGAUGAUCGGGUUCAGGUAUUUGCCGCGAUCACAGAAGACUAUGACAACAUUUCCGUGACCGCGGGAGACGACUAUAAUCUCUACAAAACGCAAGAGAUGCUCAGGAUUUUGCCAUGAUCGCGGUUGACGAUGCUAAUUUUUGAAUUGACGGUUACUUUCAAGGCUAAAUUUUGUGAACAAAUUAUAAUAGAUGACAUAAAGUUAGCUCAUAAAUGUUUAGAUUUAUAAUAAAAAGCACACUUUAAGACUUGUCUAAAGGGAGAUUUCCUUAUUUUGUAAUCAAGUUGGAACAUGUAUCAAACAGUCCAACACAACACAGGUUGUUUUAAACACAUACAUUAUUGAUAAAAAGAUUUUUUUAUUAAUUAAAUAGUUGCACUGUACUUUGGAACAUCUCAUGUAGAAAUUCACAACUAUAUGGUUCGAAAGGUCGUGAAAAUGUUUGAUCAAACUCUAAGUUGAAAAAAAUCGUUGUUAAAGUUUACUUCAAUAAAAAAUGUGGGUUAAGUUUUUACAUAAUUUCAACAACUCGCUGUGAAAUUAGUUGACAGAUCCGGCUUAGCUAUGCAAUAGGGAAAUACUGAAGUUAAAUCUUGUAACUUUACUCACUUGCAAACAUGUAAUAAGUACGGUACAGAAGAAACAUUUAAGGAAGCAGGAAUUUAAUAUUUAGGAAGGUGUCUCAAAUAUUUAUGGUUAACAUUUUUAUAAAAGAUCAGUGCUCCUCCCUCACACUUUUUACAUAGGUAUCCCUUACUUUUUACCAGUUUAGUUUGCUGUUCGACCAACUGUCCAAAAAAAUGUAUAAUUUAACUUCUGAAAACUGGAGAGAAGUUUUUAAAAUAAUCUAAAGAAAAUGUAAUUUGUAGCGUGGAUAAUUCUGUUGAGAAGUCCAUGAUAAUGUGUAGGACGUACAAAAUCAGGUUGACAGUUUUAAGUUUAGAUUAUAGCUUAGUAUGAAAAUAGAUAUUGAUUUUACUCUAUACAAAAAUUUUGUAAAUAUGUAUAAGAUAAUUAUUAUUUUGUAGAUAUAA